CUGGCGGUGGCGUUGACGUGCAGCAAGGAACGGCGACCUCUGUCCAACCAGAUAGCUCGGACACUCGGCCUCCCAAUGACAAUCCUGCCUCUCCCAUUUCAGUAGGUGGCUGUGUAGGUGUGAGUAGGUAGGUGUACAGUAGGAAGGGGGUGUGCCACAUCCACAUCCAACUUUCACUGUCCCAGGCUGACGUUGCAUCCCAUCCUCGUCCUCGUCCGCUCUGCCUCUUCCUCUUCCUCCUUUCUGCUCAAUUUUGAUUUGGAAAGUGUUGGUGAUCUUCUUCCCCACGACUGCACUGCACUGCUCUUUCCUCCUGUCGCUCAACUUCAAACUAUUCUCGUUGGGUACACGUAACUACCUGUACCUCCCAUUUAAUCAUUUCAACAGUCAAUCGUUUCUGCCCGCUGUUUUUUCUUUUGCUUUGAAUCUGCAUCUGCAUCUGCAUCUGCCACCAAACUACAACACCAUACCAUCAUUUGCCAUACACAACACCUUCUCCUGUAGCCAUGGCCAAAUACUCCUUCAUCCCCAUACUCGCGGCCGCGACUCUUGUUCUGAAUACCGCGUCCGCCGCUCUCGAUCCAAUUGUGAUCAAGGUAUGUCCAUUGCUGAGUUCUCAACUGCAACCACGGAGAUCCGAACUAACUCUAUCAGGGUUCCAAAUUCUUUUAUAAAUCCAACGGGACUCAAUUCUUCAUCAAGGGUGUAGCGUAUCAAUCAGGUAUUGGUGCCAACGGAGGAGAACCUGCGGGAGUAAGCAAGAAAACACCAAACGAAACGCGUAAAUUGCUAAUAAAUCCUACAGGGACAAACUUACGUUGAUCCUCUCGGCGAUGUCACUUCUUGUACACGAGAUGUUCCAUUAUUGCAAAAGUUGGGAGUCAAUACCAUUCGAACCUACGCUAUCGACCCAACCAAGGACCAUACAACAUGUAUGAAGCUGCUCGAUGAUGCUGGAAUCUAUGUGAUCAGUGAUUUGGGAGAGCCGAGUCAAUCUAUUAUUAGAACCGAUCCUCAAUGGACCACCGCCCUCUUCGACCGAUACACCUCUGUGGUAGAUUCUUUGGCUCCAUAUAGCAAUGUGAUUGGGUUCUUCGCAGGAAACGAGGUUCCCAACAACCUUACCUAUACCGGAUCCGCUGCUUUCGUCAAGGCCGCCGUUCGUGAUACCAAAGCAUACAUCGCUUCCAAGAAAUACCGUCCUUUGGGUGUUGGAUAUGCUGCGGAUGAUGACCAAACCGUUCGUGCACAAGUUGCUGCUUACUUGAACUGUGGUGAUGCGGUAUCUCAGAUUGAUUUCUGGGGAUACAACAUCUACGAAUGGUGUGGGGAUUCCUCGUUUGAACAGUCUGGUUAUUCUGAGAGAGUCAAGGAAUUCGCCACUUAUUCCGUUCCAUCUUUCUUUGCUGAAUAUGGUUGCAACAGCCCGGGUGGAGCUGCUGAGAGAAAGUUCACUGAAGUUGCAGCUAUUUAUGGUGACCAGAUGACCCCGGUCUUCUCUGGUGGUAUUGUCUUUGAAUAUUUCCAAGAAGUGAACGAUUUUGGACUGGUGACCGCUAUCAAUCCUUCUGCCGUCAGCACUCUUGCCGAUUAUGCUCCUUUGCAGACACAGCUUGCCUCUGCAAAACCAAAUGGUGUUGAGAUGGGAAGCUACAACCCAACCAACUCUGCUCAGGCCUGCCCACCUGUUGCAAGCAACUGGAAUGCAGCUGAGAAACUGCCUCCAACUCCAGACAAGGGAGUUUGCGCUUGUAUGAUGAGCACUUUGGCUUGCCAGGCAAAGACUUCGAUCGACAAGGAAUCUUUUGGUCCACUUUUCGCUCAAGUAUGCGGUUACGAUGGUGGAAAGCCAUGUGCCAACAUUGUCAGAAAUACCACCACUGGAGUAUAUGGUGCUUAUUCCAUGUGUAAUGCCACCGAGCAAUUGUCCAACGCAUUCAGCACAUACUAUGCCUCAUUACCUGCUGCUGACCAAGCAAAGGGCUGUGACUUUGGAGGCAAUGCUACAGUUGUCAAGGUUUCCGCUCAAAGUUCUUGCUCGGCGGUUCUCAGUUCCGCAACAGCCGCUUUGCCGGGUGGAUCGGGUGGAUCUGGUGGAUCAGGCUCAGGAGCCGCUUCGUCUACAACCAAGAAGAGUGAUGGUGGAAUGGUUGUUGGAGCUUCAUUGGGACUUGGAAAAUACCUUUUUGCAGUUGGGUUUACCUUGGUAGCUGGACUUUCGGGGAUGGGUAUGAUUCUGCUGUAGAUGGUGGAUUGAAUGCUAAUCAGGGUAUUAUGGUUUCUUCAAAAACCUUUUCUUUCUUCUUUUUCUUUUGUUUGAUUAGGUGUGUGGGGUGGUGUAAAUAAUUUUUUGUACUCAUUGCAUUUUACACUUUACACUUUACUACGAUAGAGGUACUUUGAAUUGCAAUUGAGGAAAAAUAAGACGUUCAUUACAUGAUUAU